GAACGAUAGUUCAAAAUCUACAGCUACACCCUUUGUUAGUGAUUCAACAAACCGUACAUUAUUUCGGUUAUAUGCUCUGCUGCAAGGAUCACAGAUUCCGCCACGGGUGAAACGAAGGAGGAUUCCGCAACGUAGCAAUUAUUGAAGGAAACCCAAAGAUGUCACAGAUAUUUCGCAUUAUGAUAUCAUGGAUCAUCGGAUUGGUGUAUCUCUCGACAUCUUAUGCGUUCGCUCCGUCUGUGGGGACUGGGAUGUCUAGCAGAAUCGCAUCGCCGCUUUUCUUUCAAACCAUUCGCAAUCCUAUCAGUGGUAGCAGUCGCAUCAGAAAAAGUCGAAGGCAUUCAGAUUCUCCGAACAUGUCGGUGGAAGGUGACUUUGAUCCAGAGGCGAUUUCAAAAGCCAAGGAAGCGAUCGAUUCAGGUUCCAUCAAGGCUAAAUUUAAUGCCCUCUACAAAUUUACCAGACCCCAUACUAUUCGAGGAUCUAUCUUGGCCUCGAUCGCAGGAACUAUUCGGGCGCUGGUCGACACGCCGGGAUCCAUCGCAAACGCUAAUUGGGGGAUAAUGUUGCCCAGAGCAUUUAUAGGGAUGAUUUCUCUUCUGCUUGGAAAUGUAUUUAUUGUUGGUAUCAACCAAAUUUACGACAAAGAAAUUGAUGAAAUGAACAAGCCGUUCUUGCCAGUUGCUAGCGGGGAAAUGACGAAAAGCACAGCGUGGGCUGCUGUUUUGAGUUCUCUCGUGGUGGGCCCCAUCCUUGUCAAGAAGUUCUUCCCACCGCUUCUAUUUCAACUAUACUCUUUUGGAUUAUUCAUUGGUGGAAUCUAUUCCGUUCCACCUAUCCGAACAAAGAAGAACCCUGUGUUGGCAGGAUUGACCAUCGCCACUGUCCGCGGAUUUUUGUUGAAUUUCGGAGUUUAUUACGCCGUCAAAGAUGCUGUCGGGGCUCCAUUCGGAUGGUCACCAAAGGUCGCAUUUAUUGCUCGCUUUAUGACGGCCUUUGCUUCGAUCAUAGCCAUAACAAAAGACCUGCCUGAUGUGGAAGGAGAUAAGGUAUGUGUGCUGAGAGGGUUUGUGGAAGGGAAAAUCAGAGAAAUAUGUCGAGUAAACCACCGCACGGUGAACCUGUUGGUCCUUGAGUUAUGGAACUUUCAAUCAUUUUGCUCAUCCAAUAAAGCUAGACCUCAUCCGUUUAUUUGUGCUGUUUUGUCUCUCAUCUUGACGUAUGCAAAUGUUGUCUUCAACUUUUGUUGCUUCGACUUUUGUGUUCGGUGGUUAUGAUGACUCAAUCUCUCAAUGGUAAAAAAGGCCUACCAAAUAGAUACAUUAGCCACGCGUCUUGGCGUUAAGCGCAUCGCCCAGGGAGCAACGCUGUGUUUAGGAGCUAAUUAUAUUCAUGCUAUCCUCACGGGGGUUCUUGCUAAAUCCUCCGCCGCCUUCCGAAUGAUUCCCAUGAUCGGUGGACAUUUGGCUCUUGCUGCAAUGCUCGUUUUCCGAUACAAACAGCUCGAUCCUGAAUCCAUGCCUUCCAUCAAAAAAUACUACAAGCAUAUUUGGGAUCUCUUUUAUCUUGAGUAUGGUCUUUACACCCUAAUUUAAAAGUUCACCGACUUUUUAUCACGACUCAACUUUUUUUGCCAUCUUCAAACUACACUGUAUCAUCCGGAAGCAGUAAUAGAACUCAUCAUGUGUC